CUUUAACUUUCUGUUCAUGUAUAAAAGCCACGAUAUUUUGGUUACAAAAACAGUAUCCGUUGAUAUUGCGAAGGUUACAGUUAAAGGUUCCAAACGAUGCGGAAAUUAAUUAUAUUAGCCAGUUUGCUAGUAUGCUGCGUUGCAGCUCCAACAUCACAACAGUCCUCGCAUGAACACAAAGGAGAUAGUGUACUGUUACAGCGUCCGAGUCCCAUCAAUCCUGAUGUACCAAGUGACCCUAAGCCUCAUGAGAAAAUCAUUAAGAUCACGGAUCCAAAAGAGAUUAUAAAGCAUAAAAGAGAAGCUCAAGAUGACCCAUAUGAUCAUAUUUCUCGAUUUGCACCAACUGUGCACCCUGCAAGUCAAGUAGGAAAAGACGAGUCACCGGAAUCCGACCAAAAACAUAGUAAAGAAACUGAUUCUAUUCAUCGUCGGCAAAAGCGGGGAAAAGAGCAAGGUAGAGAUACAAUAAAAUCAGCUCAUAAACCAGCGUUGAAAAAGGAAAAUCCCAAGCAUUCACGCAGUAGUAACGUGCAGACACCAGCACCAGCACGUGAUUUGCCAAAAUCACGGCAGCGUCGACAAGUGGACCCACAUCUCAUUGGAGCUUCUACAGCUGGGGUGACACCUUUAAUUUAUGACGAAGACAAGAAGCCGCACGAUGCUGAAGCGCAGCCUGAAAUUACACCUGAAGAACAAGCCACACCGACAUUGGAGCCAAAUACCCAUGAAAUUGCACCAGUUAAACGUGAUAUACCAGUACCUUUAGUGCCAAAAUACCACCACCCAGAAGAGUCGCCAAAAAGCGAGGCAAUCGAUGAUUAUAAAGUUGACGUAAAGAAAAACGAACAAGAAAAACCUGACGAACAUCGCCCAAAGGAUGAUGACAGUGAGUCAUCUGAAAGCAGCGAGAGCGAUGAGGAUUCUAAAGAAACGGCGUCGCAAACAUCCACUCAAAAUUCACAGCAAAUCCAUCAGGAACUGCAUUCACAGCUUCAUGAAUCUCACAUACCUCCAACCGCAGAAGUACAUACUGAGAAGUUAGACAUUAAACCGGCAGCGGAUGUGCAGCCUGCGCAGCAGCAGCAUCAAUCCAAUGAUAAGACAGAAGAGCCAGUUUCGCCUAUUGAAGCUCCAAAUCACACACCUGGACUGGAUCAAUUAGCUAGCGUUAAACCGACUCAGAUCAUUGCUUAUGAAAGUCCGGCUAACGAGAGUGAUAUUGCCAUUAAACACCCUGUACCUGUUGCUGAGUUAUUUUCCAGGCCAAAACAGUAGAGAGGUACAUACACAUGGGGACACUGUGUUGCAUUUUCACUUUAAACGCAUACAUAGUUGAGCAUGAAUAAAACGUGUACAUAUUUAAACAUUAAACAAUAAUAA